GCUGGUUGCGAUGCAGGGUUCCCAGGCGAGGGGGGACGAUGCUGAAGACCUGGAGAGGUGCUGUGGGAGCAAAGGAGGCACGAUCCAGCUGUCUAACUGCCUGGGUACCCAGACAAUAACAGACUGACCAAACACAAGAGCGAUGGCAACAAUCAAGGGGGUCUCAAGUUUCAGUGCUGAGCAAGAAGCACAGGCACUAAGGAAGGCUAUGAAAGGAUUUGGCACAGAUGAAGAUGCCAUCAUCGAGAUCUUGACCAAACUAAACGUUUCCCAACGUCAGCAAGUUCUGAUCACCUAUAAAAGCACUAUUGGCAGGGAUUUGAUUGAUGACUUGAAGUCUGAGCUGAGUGGGAAUUUCGAAAGGGUGAUCGUUGGUAUGAUGACUCCUACCACCAUGUACGACGUGCAUGAGCUGAGGAGGGCUGUGAAGGGUGCAGGAACAGAUGAAGGUUGCCUGAUUGAAAUUCUGGCUUCUCGCACAAACGAAGAGAUUCGGCGCAUUAAUGAGAACUACAAAUGUCAAUAUGGCUGUACCCUGGAGGAGGACAUUGUCUCUGACACAUCUUCCAUGUUUCGAAGAGUCCUUGUUUCCCUUGCGACGGGUAAUAGAGAUGAGGGAACGUAUGUGGAUGCUGCCCUUGCUCAACAAGAUGCUCAGUGCCUGUAUGAAGCUGGGGAGAAGAAAUGGGGAACAGACGAGGUACAAUUUAUGGCCAUCCUCUGUACACGGAACAGAUCCCACCUACUAAGAGUUUUUGAUGCAUACAGAGGGAUUGCUAAUAAGGACAUAACAGACAGCAUUAAAUCUGAGAUGUCAGGAGACCUGGAAGAUGCUUUGUUAGCUGUGGUAAAGUGCAUGCGAAAUAAACCUGCGUAUUUUGCUGAAAGAUUGUAUAAAUCCAUGAAGGGCCUGGGAACAGAUGACAACACGCUGAUCCGGGUGAUGGUGUCCCGCUCUGAAAUAGAUAUGCUGGAUAUCAGGAGGGAAUUCCUAACCAUGUAUGGGAAAUCCCUCCACUCCUUCAUUAAGGGAGACUGCUCAGGAGACUACAGGAAAGUCCUGCUCAGACUCUGUGGUGGGGAGGAUUAAAGGGUGCCUGGUGUACUGCUUGGGUGAUGGGAAGCAGCUAAUCAUAAGGAUUUCUUGCUUUUAAAAUUUUCCCAAAUAUCUUAUUAAUUGCAAUGAGUAUUGACUUAGUUAAUGCUCUGGUUAGAUAAUGGCCAUUCCAGCUGAACCUCUUGGUACGCUUUUAUGCUUGGAAUACCCGUCUGGGCUAGCAAAGCCCAUCUUAAACAGAAUGCUUUAGCCAAAUAUAUAAAAGCUAAAUUGUUUCCUGACAGGCUGUCCCUUUGCUGUUGCAUUCACCAGCAAAACUUAUCAGCUGAAGCAAACUUGGCUGCACAGGGAAAAAUUAACCUCAUCAAUACAGGGAGAGUGCAGAAUGCAGGCUUGCUUCAGGUUUUGCAAGAUAACUAAAACACAAUCAUCCGAAAUAGAAACACGUUUAGAUCUUAACUUGCCCUCUUAGUGUGGAACAUUAACAGCCUUGCUGCACUUUAUGUAUAUGUUGCCUGUAGAUAGGUAGUAGGGAAGAUGUCACUGGUGACAUCAGAAAAAACUCUUGCUGCCCUGGUUACAGAGCAGCCCUGUACUGGUGGUCUGCCUGCCUUGGCUCGUGGGAGCAUAAAUCACCAGGGUUAUAGCACAAACCCUUUCUCUGGAUAAAGGGACGUCAUUAGAACGGUGCCUUUUAAGGAAUGACCUGUCCCCAUCUCAUCAGCACUACCUGAUGCCUUAGGCUGGGGUGCUUGUACUGGGGUAGCUCACCCCAUCUCACUUGCUAACACUGCUGUUGGAGGGCCCAGUCUUUGUGCCUCUCCCUGACUUGGGCUUCCAACCUCCGGGAGAGAAUUUUCCCCCAAACACUACACAACUGCCUGUUGAUGAGCGUUUUCACUACAAAAAUGUGGUUAAAAUGUCAUUCUUGUUUGCCUUAGCAGUUUAAUUUUUUUUUAGCUGUUGGUAUAUAAUCCUGAAGGCAUCAGACUGAGGUUAGAAUUUGAAGGCACAAGUACUGAUAUGGCCUACACCCAGUUCUGGUUCUCAUUUUCUUCUAAAUAAGGCUACUGUUGGCUUGAAUAGGAGAUAUUUCUGUGGCCUCAAAUAAAAUACUUUUCUUUCUUGCUCUCUGUGCUGUAAUUGGAGAUACAUUCCUUGUUUUGGUGGGAGAGGAGGCAGAGCUCUUCUAGUUCAAGUGAAGCCUUCUGCUCAGUGAAAGAAAAAUUGUUUUGCCCAGUCCAACAGACUAACAGAUGCACCCCGGCUUGGUUUUGUGUUUAAAUGACUCAUGUUGCUGACUUUUUACAAAUGAAUAAACAAUUCAUUUCUG